CUCAAUUUGAUUAUAUACGCGCAGACUUGGCAGUUAGUAUGCUAUCGCUUCUGAAGAAGAAAUGUCAGUUUACGUAGCGUUAAUAUUUCUCCUCGUGGUACCCGUUGCACUUUUGAAGAUUGUUUGUUUAUUAAUGCAUAGAGAUUGUAAAAGUAAAGUAUGUUUGGUGGGAAAAACGGCACUGGUAACAGGAGGGAACUCGGGCAUUGGGUACCGAAUUGUCCUGGGAUUGGCUCAAAGAGGAUGCAGGGUUAUCGUAGCUGACAAAAUACAAGACCAAAAUUUAUUGGACAACAUUUACAAAGAAACCCGAAGCAGAAACGUUGUCUAUAAAUAUGUAGAUCUGUCCUCGUUCAAGUCCGUUAGGGAGCUGGCGGAUAAUGUGAUAAAAGAUGAAGGAAAACUGGAUAUAUUGAUAAAUAACGCAGGGAUUGGAAGGAACGUGUCGUCAGUUACUGAAGACGGUUUGGACAUAACCAUGCAGGUGAACUACUUCAGUGCGUUUUUGCUGACACAAUCACUGGAAGGCUUACUGAUGAAAAGUGGAGGUCGGAUAAUAUUCACCAGCUCAGCAUCCAAUUACUUUCACUCGUUCACCUUAGACAAGCUAAAAUCAGAUGGAUCCGAAACCAGACUCAAUCAUUAUCCCAACUCGAAACUGUGCCUGAUAAUGAUAUCCGAUAUAUUUGCGGAAAAAUUGAUGAAGUACGGGGUAACCAGCAAUACCUAUCACCCGGGAAUAGUUUAUACGGAUAUAUUCAAAAGAAGUAUUGGUCCAAAAAGGACAAUUAACCAAAGUCUGUGUUUUAUAAAAGCGUUGGAAUACUUGUCAUAUUUCGUGGGAAAGACAGCUGAGGAGGGUGCUCAGACUGCCAUUUAUUUAGCCUGCGCCAAUGAAGUGGAAGGCGUUACUGGGGAGUAUUUCUUUGAAAUGAAACCCACCUUCAAGCCCGGGCUAGCUCUGGACAAAGCAGUAUGCAAUGCUGUUUGGGUAGCGACAGAAGAAAUCGUGAAGGGGAAACUGAAUUAAUUUUUUUAAUAUGAAUUUAAAUUAUCUCGGUCGCUCAGUAGUACCUACUAUUUUAUUUAUCGUGGAAAAGUAGGAGUUUGUUUACAUAAUUUUCAGUGAAAAAUUGUGUUUUGUAAGAGCCUAAGCAAUCAAAUUUUGUCGUACGUUUUCAUUAAAAAAUUCUAUCAGUAAGAA